GUCGGCGGCUGCGCGGCGCGCGAUUGGCAGGGUCUCGCGCGGUGACUGACGGCGCCGCCGCCGCCCAGGGUAGCGCGGAGCCUCCGCUCCACCGCCCGCCGCCAUGGACCUGUUCGGGGACCUGCCGGAGCCCGAGCGCGCGCCGCGCCCGCCUGCCGGGAUAGAAGCACAGGAAGGACCCAUGCUCUUGGAGGACCUGCCCCCAGCCAGCAGUACUGAUUCAGGAUCUGGGGGACCUUUACUCUUUGAUGAUCUCCCACCUGCUGGCAGUGGUGAUCCAGGUUCUCUUGCCACAUCAGUUUCCCAGGCAGUGAAGAACGAAGGGAAAGGAGCAAAGAGGAAAACUGAGGAAGAGAAGAAUGGCGGUGAAGAGCUUGUGGAAAAGAAAGUUUGUAAAGCCUCUUCGGUGAUCUUUGGUCUGAAGGGCUAUGUGGCAGAGCGGAAGGGUGAGAGGGAGGAGAUGCAGGAUGCCCAUGUCAUCCUGAAUGACAUCACUGAGGAGUGUAAGCCUCCGUCAUCCCUCAUUACUAGGGUUUCAUACUUUGCUGUUUUUGAUGGACAUGGAGGAAUCCGGGCCUCAAAAUUUGCUGCACAGAAUUUGCACCAGAAUUUAAUCAGGAAAUUUCCUAAAGGAGAUGUAAUCAGUGUGGAGAAGACUGUAAAGAGAUGCCUACUAGAUACUUUUAAGCACACCGACGAAGAGUUCCUGAAACAGGCUUCAAGCCAGAAGCCUGCCUGGAAAGAUGGGUCCACUGCCACAUGUGUCCUGGCUGUUGACAACAUCCUGUAUAUCGCCAACCUUGGAGAUAGUCGGGCAAUCCUGUGUCGAUACAACGAGGAAAGUCAAAAACAUGCAGCCUUAAGUCUCAGCAAAGAGCACAACCCAACUCAGUAUGAAGAACGGAUGAGGAUACAGAAGGCUGGAGGGAAUGUCAGAGAUGGGCGUGUCUUGGGCGUGCUGGAGGUAUCUCGUUCCAUUGGAGAUGGGCAGUACAAGCGCUGUGGGGUCACAUCUGUGCCUGAUAUCAGACGUUGUCAGCUGACCCCCAAUGACAGGUUCAUUCUGCUGGCCUGUGAUGGGCUCUUCAAGGUCUUUACCCCAGAGGAAGCUGUGAACUUCAUCUUGUCCUGCCUUGAGGAUGAAAAGAUCCAGACCCGAGAAGGGAAGCCUGCUGUUGAUGCCCGCUAUGAAGCUGCAUGCAACAGGCUGGCUAACAAGGCAGUGCAGCGGGGCUCAGCAGACAACGUGACAGUGAUGGUGGUGAGGAUAGGACACUGAGGCUGCACGUGCGCUCUGACGGGCAGGCUCAUUUGUGUGUGCUCCUGUGGGACUCGAUGGCUGUAAAUAAAGGUUUCUUUUUUCCUAGUCA